AUGGUCACCAAGCACUACAUGGGACAGGGGCGCACCAUCGCUGAAGUGUUGCGAAAUGUCAAAGCACAGAACCCGCUGCCCGUCAUCGACGACAUCGUGGCAGCAAUUCCACAUGUGGCAGCAGAAAUUGUGCAGCUCAUCGGCGCCGAUGUGACGAGCGACAUCGUCGAGUCUGUGCGGGGCACCCUCUAUGCCUACACCGGGGUGGGGGUGUCUGCCGGCGUCUUCCUCGGCUGGCUGGACACCGACGGCUAUGCCAUGAUGGGAGCGCUAGGCCAAGCUAGCCUUCUGAAGAGCGUUGCCCUGAGCUUUCGCGUGGGCAUUUCUGAAGACAAGAUGUCUUCACGCCUCGUGAUGGUGGUUGGAAAUGUGGGCUUCGAGGCGACCCUAAAGCUGAGAGUGCCGCCGCCUUCCGUCGGAUCGGCCGAAAAAGCUCUGACCCUUACAGAAGGAUCCGACAGCAUUCAGAAUAUGCCACAGCUCGUUUCCUGA